AUGGUUGAGCGGUUUGAAAGCAAUAUACCCGUACGAUCGAAGCGCAACGGCCGCCACAGCCUGAAGAUGACCAUGCCAGACGAUGAAUCCGUAGACAGCUCAGACGGGGCCAUCACGCCCUCGCCGGUACGAUCGGGAAUAGAAGGGCUCCCUCCAGGCAGACUCAGCGUCAAGUCGAGGAUGGGCAGGAAGCUGUCGUCGCCAAUGGCGCCGCCCUUCAUGGUGUCGGCGCCCGGCAAGGUCAUCGUGUUUGGAGAGCAUGCAGUCGUGCAUGGGAGAAAGGCAAUGGCUGCCGCGAUAUCUCUGCGGUCCUACUUGCUUGUCACGACGUUGUCGAAGUCACACCGGACGGUUACGCUGAAUUUCCGUGAUAUAGGGCUGGAUUUUACGUGGGAUAUCGACUCGUUGCCGUGGGAUGUCUUCCAUCACCCGUCCAAGAAGAAAUUCUACUACGAUUCUGUUACCGAGCUGGACCCGGAGCUGCUAGAGGCCCUCAAGCCCCAUGUUGCUAUGGUUUCGUCGGACAAGCCGGAAGAAGUACGAAAAAUACACCAGCACUCGGCCAACCAGUUCCUUUACCUCUUCCUCUCGCUCGGGUCGCCCAAGACCCAUGCUGCCAUCUACACGCUACGGUCUACGAUACCGGUGGGAGCCGGACUAGGGAGCAGCGCGAGUGUCUCUGUCUGCCUGAGCACAGCGUUGCUGCUGCAGGUCCGCAUCCUGGCCGGACCACACCAGGAUCAGCCGCCGGACGAGGCAGAAGUGCAGCUCGAGCGUAUUAACCGGUGGGCGUUUGUGGGCGAGUUGUGUAUACACGGCAACCCAAGUGGUGUUGAUAACACUGUGUCGACCGGCGGCAAAGCUGUCAUAUUCAGGAGAGGGGACUACUCCAAGCCACCAACCGUCACCCCGAUGCUGGACUUCCCGCAAAUGAAGCUUCUCCUGAUCAACUCGCGCCAGCCUCGGUCGACAGCUGUCGAAGUUGCAAAAGUUGCCGCGCUGAAGAAAGCACACCCAGUCGUGACAGAGUCUAUCCUGGAUAGCAUCGACCACACCACUGAGAGUGCAUACCGCCUCAUCGCCUCAGACGAUUUUGACGAACACUGCAGUGAGAAGAUAGACCACCUCGGAGAGCUAUUCCGCAUCAACCAUGGCCUGCUCGUGUCUCUGGGGGUCUCUCACCCUCGCCUAGAGCGGAUCCGAGAAUUGGUCGACCAUGCUGAUAUUGGUUGGACGAAGCUGACAGGCGCCGGUGGAGGAGGAUGUACCAUCACUUUAUUCAAGGCCAAGUGGAACGAGGAAGCAAUUGAACAUUUGGAAGAACAACUCGACGACGAGGGCUAUGAUCGUUAUGAAACCUAUCUAGGCGGAGACGGGGUGGGCGUUCUCUGGCCUGCCGUCCUCCAGAAUGGCACCGACGAAGAGGGCGGCGAGGAAAUAGAUCAGAUCAAGUUCGAAAAUGCCGUUGGUAUCAGCGGUAUCGAACAGCUUGUCGGUGUUGGCGGGCGGGAGAAGAGAGAAGGCUGGAAGUUCUGGAGACGCGGGACUUCAACCUGA